GGUCCGAACUCCGAACAUAAACAACUUUGAAUUUUAUUUUUUAUUUAAUUUUCAUUUCUUCCUGUUUUUCUCAACCUCCACUAGUCCAUUCACAGCCUAUACGAACCCCAAGAGCUCCUCAUCUCUUUGUUUUUACCUUCCAUUUGAACUCAAGUUCGUCGUCGUUUUCUACUCUUUAGCCAUCAAAGAUGACCACCAUGGAAAGCUUAAUCGGUUUAGUUAACAGGAUCCAACGAGCAUGUACGGUGCUCGGUGAUUACGGUGGCGGCGACAACUCUUUCUCUUCCCUUUGGGAAGCUCUUCCUUCCGUUGCCGUCGUCGGUGGUCAGAGUUCAGGGAAGUCUUCGGUGCUUGAAAGCAUAGUCGGACGUGAUUUUCUUCCUAGAGGAUCAGGAAUUGUGACGAGACGGCCUUUGGUGUUGCAACUUCAUAAGACAGACGAAGGUUCACAAGAGUAUGCUGAGUUUCUUCACCUUCCUAAGAGAAGAUUCACUGAUUUUGGGGCGGUCCGGAAUGAAAUUCAAGAGGAAACCGAUAGAAUUACUGGGAAGACCAAACAAAUUUCUCCUGUUCCUAUUCAUCUCAGUAUCUACUCUCCAAAUGUUGUCAACUUAACCCUGAUCGAUUUGCCGGGCUUGACAAAAGUUGCUAUCGAGGGACAGCCGGAAACUAUAGUUGAUGACAUCGAAACAAUGGUUAGGUCUUAUGUUGAGAAGCCUAAUUGUAUCAUACUAGCUAUAUCUCCAGCUAAUCAAGAUAUAGCAACUUCUGAUGCUAUGAAAUUGGCCAGGGAGGUAGACCCCUCUGGUGACCGGACAUUUGGGGUGUUAACUAAGCUUGACCUUAUGGACAAAGGGACUAAUGCUUUGGAUGUUCUUGAAGGAAGAUCUUACCGGCUACAGCAACCUUGGGUUGGAAUUGUGAACCGUUCUCAGGCUGAUAUAAACAAAAAUGUGGACAUGAUUGUGGCAAGACGCAAGGAGCGUGAGUAUUUUGCCACUAGUCCAGACUAUGGCCACUUGGCAAGUAAAAUGGGUUCAGAGUAUCUUGCAAAACUUCUAUCACAGCAUUUGGAAUCUGUUAUUAGGUCUCGGAUACCAAGUAUCACUUCUUCGAUAAACAAAACCAUUGAUGAGCUUGAAUCAGAAAUGGAUCAUCUUGGCAGGCCUAUUGCUCUUGAUGCUGGUGCUCAACUAUACACCGUAUUGGAAGUUUGUCGUGCAUUUGAACGGAUAUUCAAGGAGCAUCUGGAUGGAGGGCGACCUGGAGGUGAUCGUAUUUAUGGAGUCUUUGACAACCAGCUACCUGCUGCUUUGAAGAAGCUUCCCUUUGACCGCCAUCUUUCUCUGCAAAAUGUGAGGAGAGUAGUAUCAGAGGCAGAUGGUUAUCAACCACACUUGAUAGCUCCCGAGCAAGGUUACCGCAGGCUUAUUGAAGGGGCACUAAAUUAUUUCAGGGGCCCAGCUGAAGCUUCUGUGGAUGCUGUUCACUUCGUCUUGAAAGAACUUGUGAGGAAAUCUAUAGGAGAAACUCAGGAAUUGAAACGCUUUCCCACUCUACAAGCUGAUAUAGCAGCGGCUGCUAAUGAGGCCUUGGAGAGGUUCCGAGAUGAAAGUAAGAAGACAGUUGUUCGGUUAGUAGACAUGGAAUCAUCAUAUUUAACAGUGGAUUUCUUCCGGAAGCUUCCCCAAGAAGUAGAAAAUAAAGGAGGAAAUCCUCAAGCUCCUGUUACAGAUCGGUAUGGUGAAGGCCAUUUUCGGAGGAUAGGGUCAAAUGUUUCCUCAUACGUCGGUAUGGUGUCAGAUACACUUAAGAACACAAUCCCGAAGGCUGUGGUUUUCUGUCAAGUUAAGGAGGCAAAACAAUCUUUACUAACCCGCUUUUACACGCAGCUAGGAAAGAAAGAGGGGAAACAGCUUUUGCAAUUGUUAGACGAGGAUCCAGCAUUGAUGGAAAGGAGACAACAGUGUGCUAAAAGGCUUGAAUUAUACAAGGCAGCGAGGGAUGAGAUUGAUAGUGUAUCAUGGACACGAUGAUAUUAAUUCCGGAGAUGAAUCUUCCUUGACUUGUUUCAACCAUAUUGAACCAAUACGAUGCUAGUAAGUAACGCAGAAUUCGAUUAUGUUAAUUGUUUGACAGGCUUAAGAUUCUUUCUUUAUUUCUUCCUUAGAUCCAUUUUUACUACUGUUGUAGUGUUGUGCUAUAUGUAUAAUUCUCGUCACGUGGAACUGCUGUGUUAUAUAUAUAAUAUUGAUUUGUGACA